AGGGUUUUCUCGGAGAAAGUAAACUCAGAAGUAGUUUUGCCUCUUCCUUCCUACAGAAAUGCCAUAUCUUUAAGGGAAACCAUGUCAAUUAACUCUGAGGUAAUGAGGUCCUAGUUGUCAUUGAUUUGGGAAGGAAAGUAAUUUAACCUUCAUUUAACCUUCUAGACAUUUUGGUUUGGCUCCCAUAUGUUCUUUGAAACAUAAAAGCUUCUCAAGCUCCCAUAUCCGCCUGAGACCCUCACCCGACAGCCCUAAUUGUGUAGGGCGGAUGCUAUAGUAGAUAGCAAACUUGCGCUGUUUCCUCUUCGAUGCAAACACUGGUGUGGUGAUUCAUCUGCGUGACAAAUAUUUUCUUACUCUUCUUGCACUAAAGAAAUAAACUUCCCAUAUUGCCAAGGGAGUAUUUCCACCUUCUCUGCUGUUUAAGACAAACACAGCAUUAUUCCUCUCUUUGGUGUCUUUUAAAAAGACGAAAAAGACAGCAAAUCUCACAGCAGAAGGAAAGCCUAAUGAUGUAUUUUUCUCUACAUGUGCUUACAGAUUUAGGAGAGAUCAUCAGGCACAAGAUACAUUUUUUUAUUCAGGAAAAUUAAACUGGUAUUUGCAGGAAAACUAUCUGCCAUGACUGCUAGCUCACACUUUUGACCAGUAAAAGAAUCUAAGUUUCUAAGUCAACUUUAUAUUUCUGCAUUCUCCCAGGAUUCAACCAGGAACGUUGGCAUCAUGUCGCUUGAAGAUAACUUCACUGAAUACUUUGAGAACUACGACGAAGAUGAGGCUCCUGAGUUCUACUUCAGUGGUGCCCAAAUUACUUCACUUGUGCUUCACAGUGUGGCUUUCCUUCUUGGAGUUCCUGGCAAUGCUCUAGUCAUCUGGAUCAUGGGCUUUAAAUGGGACAAGACUGUCACUUCCCUCUGGUUCCUCAACCUGGCUAUUGCAGAUUUAAUCUUUGUCUUAUUCCUGCCCCUUUACAUUGCAUACAUGGCCUUGGGCUUCCACUGGCCCUUUGGAAAGUGGCUAUGCAAAGCAAACUCCUUCAUUGCUCUGUUCAACAUGUUUGCCAGCGUCUUCUUUUUGACGGCCAUCAGCCUUGACCGGUAUAUCCACUUGGUCCACCCAGCUUUCUCAUAUAGGCACCGCACUCUCAAGAACACUCUACUUCUGAUUUUUGCUAUCUGGAUUUUGGCUGCGCUCAUUGGCAGCCCAGCACUGUAUUUUCGAGACACGCUUUCACUACCCAACAACAUCACAAUUUGCUACAAUAACUUUCACCCAAAUGACCUUGAUCUCAUUGUGCUCCGGCACCAUGUUCUGACCUGGAUGCGGUUCAUCUGUGGCUAUCUCUUUCCCCUUUUAACCAUGAUAAUUUGUUACUCUCUUCUGGUCAUCCAGGUGAAGAAGAGAGCCGUAUUGACUUCCAGUAGGCUCUUCUGGACCAUUUUGGUUGUUGUGGUGGUUUUCUUCAUUUGCUGGACUCCUUACCAUUUGUUUAGCAUUCUUGAACUUUCAGCUCAUCACAGUGACUACUUCCAUGACUUGUUUCGGGAUGCCAUUCCUCUUUCUGUUGGCUUUGCUUUUAUCAAUAGCUGCUUGAACCCCAUUCUUUAUGUCCUGCUCAGCAAAAAGCUCCAGUUCUGUCCCAGUGUCACUUUUUCAGAAUUGGUGAAACACACAUUAUGGGAAGUCAGCCGUUCCUUGACAGUCAGUGAGCAAGCUUGGAACUCCAUCAGUCUACAACCGUGUGAAACCCCAGAGGUUGAGGUCUCCCAGAGUGAAGCAUGCACUUUGUCUGCAGAAGAAGGCCACACAAAUAUGAGAUGUGUUUGACCUCACUGUUUCCAGUGAGGAAGGAAAAUCUGUAACCCUACUAGCAAGAUAGCUAAACAGUUACAGUGUAUUCUCAGUUAAACCAGCUUCUUAUGCAUAUGUGCUAAUAAUGAGUGCAGAUAAGCACAGUUUUCAGGUUCUGCAGAGUAGUCUUGAGGAGCAAGAUAUGUGAUCUGUGAUGUAUAAGCUAUAUGCAUGGAAGAUACUGGCACUUGAAAAAAGCAGGAGAGGAUGGACGGGAAUUUCACAGGUAACCCCUAGAGAAAACAUGGCUACAGGCAAGCAACCCAUUCUUCCUCUGCAUGGUCCCUGUGAAAUGCACACAUAUGGGUGACUAGUGGGCUAUUAACUUUGAUAGGUGGGUGUCAUGCCACACAGGAAAACAGCACUACUCUGCCGAAGGCAGCAUCCUUUCUGGAUAAGACAUCCACCUUGUAGUGGAUCACGAAGGUGGUUGGUGUGGCCCAAGAAGCUGCAUGGCAGAUAUCCUCCAGGAGUACUCCUUUGAGAAAGGCCUGGGAUGUGACCACCGAUCUCAUUGAGUGGGCUAUUAACAUGGUAGGAGGAUCACGGCCUGACAGAUGGUAGGCCAGGUAGAUAGUGGCGACGAUACAAGAUGAUAAGCGUUGGAGUGUGAGUCAUAGACCCAGAGUGUCCUGGUAAUAUUUAAAGAAAAGCUGUGAUGAUUUUCUAUGAGGGUGAGUUCUAUUGACAUAGAAGGCGAGAGCUCAUCUAACAUCCAGAGUAUGCAAGGAUUGUUCCAGCAGGGUAGUAGGGUUCUGGAAGAAGGCUGGUAACACAAUGCACUGGGACAGAUGGAAAUGUGAGACAACCUUAGGCAGAAAGGCGACGUCGGUACGGAGGACUGCCUUAUCCUUAUCCUUAUGGAAGCGGAGAUUAGGCUCAUCCGCCCAGAGUGUGCACAUUUCACUGGCUCUCCUUGCUGAUGUAAUAGCAAUUCGGGAUGCCAUCGUCCAUGACAAGUAUUGUAGGUUGAUCAUCGCCAGAGGUUCAAAUGGAGGCUUGGAUUGUUGAGAUAGUACCAGCUCAAGACUCCAAGCCAGGGCUGGUGGGCGUGUCGGAGGGUAGAUGUUUCUGUGCCCUUUCAAGAACAGCCAAAUUAGUGGGUUGGCAAAACAGGAAGGGUGACCAUUCUUUUGUUGGUACCAUGAUAUGGCCACUCGGUAGCACUUUAGGGAGGAGAUGGAUAGUCCUUUAUUGGAAAGUGACAUCAGGAAGUCAAGAAUCAUCGGGGUGGAGGCUGACGAAGGAUCAGCACCCGUCUGUUUCACAUAGGCAGAGAAGCAUUGCCACUUUUAGACAUAAGAUUUUUGUGUCGAAAGUUUGUGAGUGGCUUGGAUGAUAGAUUUAACAGAGUGAGAGAGGUCUACCUCGCUCGUAUUCUCCAUGCUGUUAAGUGCACGGAGCAGGCAUCUGGGUGCUGGACUUGUCCACCUUGGGUUGUGAGGAAGUCCAGGCUGUAAAUGAGGUGGCAAAAUUCAUUGAAUGAGAUCUGGAGAAGUGGUUUGAAUCAUGGUUGGCAAGGCCACCAGGGCGUAAGCAGUAUGCCAUCUGAGUUGUCUGUGAGUAGUUUUGACAAGACCCAUGUUAUUAGCGGUAUUACUAAUAACAUUACAAUAUAUUGAUACAGUACAAUAUAGUAAUUUAUUACCAAUAUUGUACUAUGCUAAUAUAAUAUUGUAUGUAAAUUUAAUUUGUAAGCCGCUCUGAGUUCCCUUUGGGGUGAGAAGUGCGGCAUAUAAAUGUAGCAAAUAAAUAAAUAAAAUAAUAUGGGUGGAAACGUGUACAUGAGCCCUUGUGUCCACAUAUAAAUAAAAACAUCUCCUAAGCAGCCCGAGGUCUGGUUUGGAGGAAGACGUGCCCAGAAUUGGUUGCACUGUGCGUUCUGAGCUGUGGCAAAGAGAUCCACACGAGGAAUGCCCCAAAGAUGGAAUAUCGGUUGCAGAACUUGAGGGUGGACACGCCAAUCGUGGCAUAAAUUGGGGGUCCUGCUUAGGAAGACUGCCAGGGAAUUUUCUUUUCCUGGAAGGUGUAGAGCAGGGGUCCCCAAACUAAGGCCCGGGGGCCGGAUGCGGCCCUCCGAGGUCAUUUACCUGGCCCCCGCCCUCAGUUUUAUAAUAUAAUAUAACUCUAAUAAUAAUACCAUAUUAUAAUAAUAAUUAUAUAUUCUAUAUUACAUAUAAUAUUACUAAUAAUAUUACAGUAUAGUGGUAUAGUUCAAUAUAGUAAUAUAUAAUGCUAAUAUUGUGCUAUGCUAAUAAUAUAAUAUAUUGUAUGUACAUAUCAUUUGUAAGCCACUCUGAGUCCCCUUUGGGGUGAGAAGGGUGUGAUACAAAUGUAGUAAAUAAAUGCAGUAAAAAAAUAAUAAAUAAAUUCUAGACUUAGGCUCACCCAAAAUCUGAAAUGACUUGAAGGCACACAACAACAACAACAACAACCACAACCCUAAUUAACUUGACUAUCUCAUUGGCCAGAAGCAGGACCACACUUCCCAUUGAAAUCCUGAUAAAUGUAUGUUGGUUAAAAUUGUUUUUAUUUUUAAAUAUUGUAUUGUUCUUUCAUUGUUCUUGUUGUUGUUGUUGUUUUUGCACUACAAAUAAGACAUAUGCAGUGUGUAUCGGAAUUUGUUUGUAUUUUUUUUUUCAAAUGAUAAUCCGGCCCCUCAACAGUCUGAAGGAUUGUGGACCGGCCCUCGGCUUAAAAAGUUUGGGGACCCCUGGUGUAGAGGAACAAGGUGGAUCCCUUGUAUUUGUUAAAAUUGUGCCUGAACUUGUUUGUGUUUUAUACUGCUGUUACUUGUUUUUAUUGUCUUGUUUUAUAUUUUCUCUUGUUUACAUUAUGUCUUAUGGACUUGGCCCCAUGUUAGCCGCCCCGAGUCCUUUUGGGGAGAUGGUGGCGGGAUACAAAAAUAAAGUGUUGUUGUUGUUAUCCCCUGAGAGAUGCACCAGUCCCAGAUUUGUAGAGUCAGUUGGGUCAACCUGCAAGAUUGUGUCCCUCCCUGCUUGUUGAUGUAAAAUUUGCUUGUUGUGUUGUCCGUUAAAUGAACUACAUGACCUGACAGGGGAGCCAGAAAUGACCUGAGUGCGCUCAUUAUGGCGAGCAUCUCCAGGUAGUUGAUAUGGUGGUGUCUUUCUGUUAGGGACCACAUAUCCUGGACUGUUAGGGUGUCUAGGUGCGCACUCCAACUCCAUAGGGAGGAGUCUGUUGUAAGUGUCUUGGUUGGCUGUCGUCAAAACGGCAUUCACCUCUGGACAUUGCAUCACUGUGUCCACCAGUAGAGUGACUUGUGGAUGGUGGUUGAUACAGAUAGUAUGUUUUUGGGCUGUUGAGAAGCAUAUCAAAGACACUUAAAAACCACAUCUGCAGGGGGCGCAUUUGCAGCCUGAUGAACGGAGUGACUGCUGUAGUGGAGGCCAUAUGGCCUAGCACAGAUUGUAUAAGGCUGGCACAAACAUGAGGCUAUGUUAGAACUUUUUUGAUGACAGUUUGCAAAGCUUUGAAGCGGUCCUUUGGAAGGAAGGACUUUUUUUGGAUGGAGUUGAUGACAGUCCCAAUGAAGUGAAUGGAUUGGGUAGGUUCUAGGUGGGACUUCUCCCAGUUGACAACAAGGCCAAGGUCCUGAAGGAGAGAUAAGGUUAGGUCAAUGUCAGAUAACAGUUGUUGCUUGGAAUUGGCUACCAAAAGCCAGUUGUCAAUGUACGGGUACACAAUGAUGUCAACUGAGAUCAACUGAGGAGUCACUGAGAGAGACAAGUCCAAAUCACAGGGAGAAGAGUAGUCAGAACAGUCCAGAGUCAAGUCCAAAAUUUAGAAAUUAAUCAAAUUAGAAAUACAAGCUAGUCACAAGCGAAAGAGAAGUACCUAGCUGCUGCGGCAGAAAAAGAGAACUGGAGUGGUAGCCCCUGACUAUAUAUACUAUCAAGGAGAGAAUGGGCGGGGCUUCCACCAAAAUGUAUCUUAGAGCUUCUAGAGAUAAGCACAGGAGACCCAUAUGUGUGCAUUUCAUAGGGACCACACAGAGGAAAUACAAAACCUGGGAUCAGAUCCUUAGAUAUAGGACCUGUCUGGAAGGGCCCUAAGAGACCAAAUUGCUUUACCAAUGUAGGUGCAUGUAAUCUUUGUCAGUUAAACAUGUUUAUUUUUACAAAAAAGGCAAAAUCGUAUCACCCAAAGCUUUUAAAGGGCACACAUUUCCAAAGCAAGAGCCCAUCCCUGUUUUAGCUCCAAUCAUUUUUUGUGUUUGUUUGAAGCAGACAUUUCCUUCCAGUCACUUCUGGUUUUAGCUGGUGGACUCGUCCCCCAGGGCCCAGCGAGAUGGAAAAUGGCUCUGAGACUGUCUAAUAUUGCUAACACUUGCUUUAGGGAUUUUGUCCCUUGGUCUUUUCGUAAGAAUUUCCUUUUCCAUUCUUAGCAUACACUUCACUACUCUUUAUGUGAGAGCUAGGGCAAGCAAUUUGUCUAGUUCCAAGCCUCUGGGGGCCACACCAAUCCCUUCAUGUGAAACUGGAAUGGAACAAAAAAAAAAAAGCAUCCUGUUUUAGGGGGAAAACACUUCACAAUUUUUCCUUCUUGAAAAUAGGUGGGAAUGGUGCCUUGAAUUAUAUAUGGGUGUACACUUUCCUUAUUUGCAAAACCUAUGGGAGUAUGUGGGAAAUGUGGGGGGAAGGGUCUUUGGCACUGAGAAAAAUGCUUUUUGUGGGCAGCAUGCAACUUUCAGGGUUUCAAUCCCCGUUGAAAGUCUCAUCUCAAAAUUCUUUCCCAGAAUUUAAACUACAAGUGUUCUGACAGUUGUGCUCCCUGAUCAUAGGGAAUCAUAAUCUAAUCAGUGUUGGAGGCUUUAGCCCAAAAUUAUAGAUUGUGCAUUGGAUGGAGACAGAAAGUUAUAAUUUCCCCAAGACUUAAUUGCUCAGGUGUCCAGCCUUCCUCUUAUCAUAUUUUUGGAGUAAUGUAAAAUUAUAUUUGGAUUUCAAGUGUAAAAAAUAUAUUUUAUAUAAAUGUAUAUGUUCUCAUAUAUUCUAUGUACCUAUAAAGCACAAGCCAGACAUCAAGUAAAUAGUAAUAAGCAUGA